CCAUGGCAGUGUUUGUGACGACCUGUUCAGUGUUGCACCUUCAGUGCAGGGUUUGGUAGGAAAGGGAGCCAAAGAGAGCCGAGCUCUUGUUUUAAUACCUGCACCUUCCAUUAUGACUAAGCAUGCCAAGAGAUACAGAAAAGCAGGUGUCAGACAGAUGACCAUGGAAAUGGUUGUAUCACAACAGGAUGACAGUGCAGUGGAUUCUGUGCCAAAGAGAGAUACUGGUCUCCUUCAGAAUCAGCCAGGCCAAAGUCAGAUUUCCCCAGGAUCUGAGGUUUCUGUAGCUGCAUCAAGUGCUGGAAGAGGAUCUCCAGCUGUAUCUCUAGUGCAUUUGCCUUCUGGUCAAACUGUUCAUGUCCAGGGUGUCCUUCAAGCCAUACACCCCUCAGUCAUUCAGUCACCACACAUGCAAGAUGUUCAGGUAGCAUCGAUUGCAGAUGAAUCUGCAGAAUCAGAAGGGAUAACUGAUUCUCAGAAACGUAGGGAAAUACUUUCAAGAAGGCCUUCAUACCGAAAAAUUUUGAAUGAACUCUCAUCAGAUGCUGCUGCAGUACCAAAGAUUGAAGAAGAAGAAAAGUCGGAAGAUGAAGGAGUGCCUUUGGGAAUUUCUGCAAUGCCCAUGCCAACCAGCCUCUAUCAUACUAACACAGGGCAAUACUUUACUAUAACUCAGGGUGGUACAAUCCAGAUUUCUAAUCCAGCCUCUGAUGGUGUCCAUGGACUACAGACAGUAACAAUGACAAAUUCAGGAGCUCCUCACCCAGGUGCUACCAUUGUUCAAUAUGCAGGACAAUCAUCUGAUGGCACACAACAAUUUUUUGUUCCCAGAAGCCAAGUUGUUGUUCAAGCUGCCACUGGAGACAUGCCAGCUUACCAGAUUCGAACCCCCACUACUACCUUACCUCAGGGAGUGGUAAUGGCAACCUCACCAGGGACUUUGCAUAGCCCUCAGCAAUUGACAGAAGAGGCAACACGCAAGAGAGAACUGAGACUGAUGAAAAAUAGGGAAGCUGCCAGAGAAUGUCGCAGAAAGAAGAAAGAAUAUGUCAAAUGUCUUGAAAAUCGUGUGGCUGUACUUGAAAACCAAAACAAGACUCUCAUUGAGGAACUCAAGGCCCUCAAAGAUCUUUAUUGUCAUAAGGCAGAAUAACUGUCUUUCAUUUGGACCUCGUUUAUUAUGAACUUUAAUCAAGGCAUGAGAGGAAACAAUUCUACAGAUUGCCAUAUGAACUUGAGCAAGAGACACUUGAGGCCCUUGUGGAACCCAGUUUUGCUUAGUGUUUUCAGACUGAUUUGGGAGGUAUUCCAAAAUUUGGAAUUCUGUCAUAGUCUCCAUACUCUGCUGAGCUUUCUAAUGGCAUGCAAAUGGCUUUUUUGUUUGCACUUUUUACUUCUGCUUUUUGCAGGGAAGCUGCUAAAGAAUGUCGACGUCGGAAGAAAGAGUACAUAAAAUGUCUGGAGAGGCGUGUUGCAGUGCUAGAAGUUCAGAACAAGAAACUUAUAGAGGAGCUUGAAACCCUAAAAGACAUUUCCUCUUCCAAAACAGAUUAGUAAAAAUAUUUAUUAUACUGUGAACUGACUAAAAUAUGUCCAGUUGCUUUAUAAAGCAAUACAUAGCCAACAUGAAUUAUGGCUUUCUGUUUGUGUCAUUUAUAUUCCAACUCCUAACAUUCCUGAAAUGCUUUCCUGCUUUUUGUCAAUUCAUAGCUCUAAUUUCAGGUUUUUCAUGCUCCUCCCUUCCAUCUCCCAAGGAGCCAAACAUUAAAAAAAAAUAUAACAAAGUAAAAAAAAAAAGGAUAAUUUCUACGAGCUGUUCCUUUGCCAUAUAUUUACAUACUACUUUUUACACGUUCCUGAGUGUCCUGCACAUGCAAAAUAUUUUACAAUUGUUUUAGAUGAAUCAUAAAGGUAAUGUAUCCAGUAAUACCUUGGGUUGUUUGAUUUUCUUGUAUCUCAGGAAAGAGUUUAUAAAAGAAUGCUAUGAUUAUAUGUAUGUACUAGCAUAGUAGUCUACAGAUGAUUUUAUGGCAUAUUUUUAUAUUAGUUGCUUUGUGGAAAAAAGUAUUGUAUUGCUGUAAUUGAGUGCCAUGGUUAAAGAUAGUUUUUAAUAGAACCAUGUUAUUUAACCUGUGUAGCGUCUGAUUUCCUUUAAACAUCUGGUUAUUUGAGAUGCUUUAAAAUCCCUGAGUUGUCCUCUGGAAAAGGACAAAGGAAAAAAGCAUACCUAAACGCAUGACAUGAUACUAAGUAUAUUGUAAAUACCUGAAAGAAGUUGUCUGCUACAUGGCUGCUAUUUAUUUAAAUUUUCUUUUGUCUGUAGAAUAUUUAAUUUAUUAGAGGUCU